CCAGAUCCCUGAUCUCUCCAAGAAAUCACAGGAUAUAAACUGCUGCUCAAAAGCAAGCCCCGGAGAACUUCAAUAACCUCCAGGAAAGCUCUGAGGUUAGGGAGACCAGCACAGCCAAAGAAGACAUGAGGAGUCUGCUGGCACUGCUGAUCCUGACUCUGGCCCUGGCAACACUCUGCUGUUGUGAGAAAGAUCCCAAAGAACCCUCAGGAUCUCUCAGUGCUGACAGCAUCAAGAUUAAAAAAGAAGUUGCCAAUGCCUUUGUGAAGAGGAAGAAGAGAGCCAGCCCUUAUGAAUGGUACCUGGAGUACUACAAAAGCCCGAUGGAGCAGAUGCACGAGCGCUGUGAGAACUACCCCCCCUGUGACUAUCUCUCUGACCAAGUGGGGUUUGCCCUGGCCUACAACCGCUUCUUUGGCAGAUACUGACCAUGGGAAGGUCCCUCUGCUCCUUUGGCUUGGAACACUCCAAACCCCACAGGAGAAAGAAGCUGUGCUUGGGAAAGAGGGAAGGAAAGCAUCUGGACUGGCAUCUUCUUCUGUUGUGUCCCAACCAGCUGGAACACCAAGGCAGGGAUUAUCCCACUUGUUGAGCUUUUAUUAACUUUCUUCCUUUCAUCAAUAAAGUCUCUCUUCAGACAUCUUUUGUGGUAUUUUGAGCUUCACCAGAAGACUCAGUCUUAUUUCCUUCCACCUGAAUCCCCAGCACACAGUAUGUGGAAAAUAGGGAUUAGUUUCAAGAAAACCAUUGCAUGCCUUAGAAACAUCACUAGAUCUCUUAUCCUCUUUUGCAAAAUACAUGAGGAUUAUGCAAGAAGAAUGUCACAGUCUGUGUAAAUGUGAUGGAUCUGAUCCUGGGAUGCUCGCUGUGAAGAAGGAAGAACACCUGCCUCCCAUUCCAAUAAGUGGGAAAGUUCAGUAUUUUCAUGUAGAAUAAUCACAUUAAAUAUGCAUCACAGUAGGAUUAUUUGCAAAGAUAGAAGUGUGCAAAUACUCUUGCAUAGAUAGCAAUCAGCUUCUGGUACACUCUUCUGAUUACUCUGUCAUAAAAUUUGCUGUAUAGCAACAAUAAAUAAAUCCCAAAAGGUG